AUGAUCCAAGUACUAAUCGUCAAUGAGAGAGAUUUAAGUACUACGCGAACUUGUAGUAUCAAUUGUGAUAUUAGUACGAUAAAAAAUACCAUAAAUCACAAAGAAUGUCGAAAAUUUCGAGACUGUCGUUUUAUGACCAAUUCUUUCAAAGUUUGCAAGGAAAAAGAAGGAAAGUCAAAACGUUACAGAUGGUUUGAAAACAGAUAUUUCCAUCGGUUUGGCGGAAACAGAGGAACAAACUGUAGCGAACAGAUGCAAUCCCUAGAAGCUCAUUUCGAUAUUUCCGAAAUGCGCUUCUGCGAUUACUGUGUAUGCACUUGUGUGGCACAACCGAAGCGAUCUAACAACGUUGUCACGGCUAUCAGUUUCAGAGAUCAAGUAACAAAUAUCUAUCAAAACAUAAUUGUUGUCGGUGUACGAUUUGUGAAGAAAGACUUCAUGAUCCAUAUUCAAAUAAAAGAAAGGCCACUAAGAAGACGUUGGUUGAAUGAUUCAGGUUCUUGGAAAGAGCUGGAAAAUUUUGAUGUCAAUGAGCAGACUGGACGAUUUGUUUUGAUUAAUAACAACACGGAAAGUCCACUGUUUGUCGGGAUUGACUAUGGACAUCCGAAGAUCAUUAACUUUGAUGAUUUAAUUGCACCUAAAGGUUUUGUUGUAACAGGUGUUAGAUUAGGAUUCGUAGAACACACCCUCGAUUAUCGAAAAUUCAAGACAAAACCUAUUGAACUACAAAUUAGAGUAACCCCAUUCGAUUAUACUCAAGGACAGCUUAUUGAUCUUCAUAAAACAUAUUGGAUAGCUCCGGAACAUCAAAGUCACAAUAACAGAAAAAAUUUAAAUCUUCCACAUCCGGAUGACCCUACAAAGUCAUCAAAAAAUGUAAUUGACUCAAAGGCAAACCAAUUUAUAAAAUUUCGAGCUUCUGAUUUAAAGAAAGAUGCCGGACAAUCAACAGUGCCAUUUUUUGAUGCUUUGGAAGCAGAAGGUAACCCUAAUUUUCCUUUGGGAGGUAUUGGAAUCAUUCAUCGUGGACAGAAAGGAUUCGGUGGAUUUUUGGGAUUUAAAAUUUUUGAGUUAGAUCUUUCUAAGUACUUCAAGGCAUAA